AUGGGGCUGGGGCCCCCUGGGCAGACGGAGGUGGACAGGUGCUGUGUGGAACUGCUGCUGCUGCUGCUGGCCGGGGAGCUGCCCCUGGGCGGCGGCUGCCCACAGGACUGCGUGUGCUACCCGGCACCCAUGACGGUCAGCUGCCAGGCACACAAUUUUGCUGCCAUCCCCGAGGGCAUCCCCGUGGACAGCGAGCGCAUCUUCCUGCAGAACAACCGCAUCACCCUCCUCCAACAGGGCCACUUCAGCCCUGCCAUGGUCACCUUGUGGAUCUACUCCAACAACAUCACCUUCAUCGACCCCAACACCUUCGAGGGCUUUGUGCACCUGGAGGAGCUGGACCUCGGUGACAACCGGCAGCUACGGACGCUGGCGCCGGAGACCUUCCAGGGCCUGGUGAAGCUCCACGCCCUCUACCUCUAUAAGUGUGGGCUCAGCGCCCUGCCCGCAGGCAUCUUUAGUGGCCUGCACAGCCUGCAGUACCUCUACCUGCAGGACAACCACAUUGAGUACCUCCAGGACGACAUCUUUGUGGACCUGGUCAACCUCAGCCACCUGUUUCUCCAUGGCAACAAGCUGUGGAGUCUGGGCCAGGACACCUUCCGGGGCCUGGUGAACCUGGACCGUCUGCUGCUGCACGAGAACCAGCUGCAGUGGGUCCACCACAGGGCUUUCCACGACCUCCGCAGGCUGACCACCCUCUUCCUCUUCAACAACAGCCUCUCAGAGCUGCAGGGCGAAUGCCUGGCUCCUCUGGGGGCCCUGGAGUUCCUCCGUCUCAACGGGAACGCCUGGGACUGUGGCUGCCGGGCGCGCUCCCUGUGGGAAUGGCUGCAGAGGUUCCGAGGCUCCAGCUCUGCUGUCCCCUGCGCGUCCCCCGAGGUGCGGCAUGGCCAGGACCUGAAGCUGCUGAGGGCCGAGGAUUUCCGAAACUGCACGGGGCCGGCAUCCCCGCACCAGAUCAAGUCACACACACUCAGCACCACCGACAGGGCCGCCCGCAAGGAGCACCACCCGCCCCAUGGCCCCACCAGGGACAAGGGCCACCCACAUGGCCAUCUUCCCGGCUCCCGGCCGGGCUACAAGAAGCAAGGCAAGAACUGCACCAGCCACAGAAACCGCAACCAGAUAUCCAAGGCGGGUGCCGGGAAACAGGCCCACGAGCUGCAGGACUACGCCCCUGACUACCAGCACAAGUUCAGCUUUGACAUUAUGCCCACGGGACGGCCCAAGAGGAAGGGCAAGUGUGCCCGCAGGACCCCCAUCCGCGCCCCCAGCGGGGUGCAGCAGGCCUCCUCGGGCAGUUCCCUGGGAGCCUCGCUCCUGGCCUGGAUACUGGGGCUGGCAGUUACUCUCCGCUGAGGACCCAGGGCGUCAGCACCCAGCACUGCCACUUGUCCACCACGGAACAGAAUUUCUUUUCUUCUUUUUUUACAAGUGGAGGGUCUGCUGAGUUUCAGGAAAAGGCUGGUAGAAGCUUCGGCUGCGUUCUUGACCCUGCCAUGUGGAUUAGAAACCCAAAGUGUACAGCCCUGGGCAGGAGGGGAUUAGCGCAUCUCACCCGGCUGCCCCAGCCAGCCCCGCAGAGCACCCACGGACAGCGUCCCCUCCGGCAAGGUGGUAAAAGGCACACGUGAAUCCUUCAUUAGCAACAAUGGGACAACUGCCCCUCUCGGGAGCUGGGCUCUGUGGAAUCCCCGUCAUCUGGAGAGGUCCAACGGGCCCGGCCGUUCCUGGAGGAAACAGGACUUAGAGAAGAAACAACAGGGCUCACCAAGAGCCCGGGCCGACCAGCAGGCUGGGCGCACACAGCAGGUGGCAUCUU